UUUGUAAUGAACGAUGUGAUGCCUGAAAGCAUGCAUUCAAGUGUGGUCAAGUUUAUAAAAUUUGUUUGGAAGUAAAGUUAUUUUGUUGUGUUUGUGUUAACGUUGGAAUAUGCCUUCAAAUAAGAACUAUAGUUCAAAUCAACAACUGAAUCGUUUGAUCUACCUGCAUUUAAAAGAGAACGGAUUCCUAAAAGCUGCAGAAGAACUGAAGAAACAUGUGAAGAAGGACAAGGCAUCGGAAGCUUUGCCAAAUUCACUACUGGACAUCUACAAUAAAUGGUUUGAAGAUGCGUCCAAGAGCACAAAGACGAGCCCAGAACCGGAUUCAUCUAAAUUAAAAAAGGCCAGCCAAACAGACACCAAAAGCAGCACAGGUAGCUCGAUUUCAGAAGAGGAAGAAACAACACGUUUUAAAGCCUCCCAGGCCCCAAAGAUUUUGAGCCCAGAGAAGAGCAAGGCUGUGGUACAGAGUGCUCCUGGAGAGAUCCCCACAGUGGAGGAGAGCUCAGGAUAUUCUGAAGACUCAGGAACUGAAGAGACACUGCCACAGAAAACCCAUUUGACACCCCAACACAAUCACGAUUCCGCUGCAAAGGUCAAGGCCUUGUCUGAGGUCGUUCCGUCAUUCCCGAACAGGAAAGUGGCAGAGAGCUCCGACACUGCCAACAGCUCAGAGAGUGACGAUGAAAGCCAGAGUUUGCUUCCACAGAAUACCACCUCAACAACAAGGCUCAACCCUGCCAAACCAACAGCUGUUGCCACUCCCACCAAGUCCAAGUCAAGCACCAAUGAAACGCUUUCUAAUCGUUCCUCAGAAAGUGAAGUGGAAACAGCGGUGAAAACAUUGACGACACCAGGGAAACAACAUACAGCAAAAUCAAGUCCAGCUGCGACAACAGCUACAACACCUAAAGUUCCAUCAGCGAUGCCACAGAAAGCAACAUCAACAGCCAAGAAGAAAGCCCCCUUGGCUACUCCAGUUAAACCAGUGAUUGCUCCUACUCCAAACAAGACUCCAGCUAGUAAGGAUUCUGUUGAUAGCAGUGAUUCUUCAUCCGACAGUGAAGACGAGGGACCAGCAGCGAAAACAGUUGUAACACCAGCUAAAACUGCGAAACAGACUAAAGCAGCGGCGGUUGCCACUCCAACCAAGGCCACGGCAACAGCCCCUGUCACAGCCAAGACUACAACACCAGAGUCUUCUAGUGACAGUAGUGGUUCUACAGACAGCGAAGAGGAAAGUCCACAGGCUACAACACCUAAAGUUCCAUCAGCGAUGCCACAGAAAGCAACAUCAACAGCCAAGAAGAAAGCCCCCUUGGCUACUCCAGUUAAACCAGUGAUUGCUCCUACUCCAAACAAGACUCCAGCUAGUAAGGAUUCUGUUGAUAGCAGUGAUUCUUCAUCCGACAGUGAAGACGAGGGACCAGCAGCGAAAAAAGCUGCAACACCGGCUAAAACUGCUACGCUAAUUAAAGCAGCGGCGGUUGCCACUCCAACCAAGGCCACGGCAACAGCCGCUGUCACAGCCAAGACAACAACACCAGAGUCUUCUAGUGACAGUAGUGGUUCUACAGACAGCGAAGAGGAAAGUCCACAGGCUACAACACCUAAAGUUCCAUCAGCGAUGCCACAGAAAGCAACAUCAACAGCCAAGAAGAAAGCCCCCUUGGCUACUCCAGUUAAACCAGUGAUUGCUCCUACUCCAAACAAGACUCCAGCUAGUAAGGAUUCUGUUGAUAGCAGUGAUUCUUCAUCCGACAGUGAAGACGAGGGACCAGCAGCGAAAACAGUUGUAACACCAGCUAAAACUGCAAAACAGACUAAAGCAGUGUCUGUUGCCACUCCAACCAAGGCCACGGCAACAGCCGCUGUCACAGCCAAGACAACAACACCAGAGUCUUCUAGUGACAGUAGUGGUUCUACAGACAGCGAAGAGGAAAGUCCCCAGGCUACAACACCUAAAGUUCCAUCAGCGAUGCCACAGAAAGCAACAUCAACAGCCAAGAAGAAAGCCCCCUUGGCUACUCCAGUUAAACCAGUGAUUGCUCCUACUCCAAACAAGACUCCAGCUAGUAAGGAUUCUGUUGAUAGCAGUGAUUCUUCAUCCGACAGUGAAGACGAGGGACCAGCAGCGAAAACAGUUGUAACACCAGCUAAAACUGCAAAACAGACUAAAGCAGUGUCUGUUGCCACUCCAACCAAGGCCACGGCAACAGCCGCUGUCACAGCCAAGACUACAACACCAGAGUCUUCUAGUGACAGUAGUGGUUCUACAGACAGCGAAGAGGAAAGUCCCCAGGCUACAACACCUAAAGUUCCAUCAGCGAUGCCACAGAAAGCAACAUCAACAGCCAAGAAGAAAGCCCCCUUGGCUACUCCAGUUAAACCAGUGAUUGCUCCUACUCCAAACAAGACUCCAGCUAGUAAGGAUUCUGUUGAUAGCAGUGAUUCUUCAUCCGACAGUGAAGACGAGGGACCAGCAGCGAAAACAUUUGCGACACAAGAUAAAACCAGUAUGCUAACUAAAGCAGCAACUGUUGCCACUCCAACCAAGGCCACGCCAACAGCCACUGUUGCAGCCAAGACAACAACACCAGAAUCAUCUAGUGACAGUAGUGGUUCUACAGACAGCGAAGAGGAAAGUCCAGCAGUGAAAACCGUUGCAACCCCAGCUAAACCUGCAAAACAGACUAAAACGGCGACUGUUGCCACUCCAAGCAAGACCAAGGCAACAGCCCCUGUCACAGCCAAGACUACAACACCAGAAUCAUCUAGUGACAGUAGUGGUUCUACAGACAGCGAAGAGGAAAGUCCAGCAGUGACAACAGCUACAACACCUAAAGUUCCAUCAGCGAUGCCACAGAAAGCAACAUCAACAGCCAAGAAGAAAGCCCCCUUGGCUACUCCAGUUAAACCAGUGAUUGCUCCUACUCCAAACAAGACUCCAGCUAGUAAGGAUUCUGUUGAUAGCAGUGAUUCUUCAUCCGACAGUGAAGACGAGGGUCCUGCAGCAUCACCCACAGCUAAACGGAGGAGUAGCCCGUGUGAAAACCUCUCAGCUGACAAAACUCCAGCUGCUACAGCACAUUCUGCUGCCACACCUAAAGGAAAGAAGGUGACUUCAAAAGACAAGAAAGCGACAUUAACUAAAAAAGCACAGGCCUUAACCCCAUCCGCCAAAAGGAAAAGGGGCAAAGAGAAACCAGAGGACACGACCAUUAAGAGCAAAAAGAGGAAGCUCUCCCAUACUCAGCCUGAGACUGUCAUUAGGGCUGAUAUGCCUCUGACACUUUCUAUUUCUCCUACUGGGGAAGAUGAAUCAAGCUCGGAUUCGGAUCUGGACGUGGAGAAGUGGAAGAGACUGGCACUGCAACUGUCAGACACUGACAUCGCCAAGAUGGAUGCCAUCACAGCUCUGAAAACUGUACCUUCUCCCACCUCUCCAGCGAAGAAAAUAGGAGUACUGAAGAAGCCCAGGGCUAAAGCUGCACUGAAGACACCGAAACCUAGGGCUAGUCCUGCUAAACAGGUCAACACCACAAAAGAGAAGGAAGGUGGGAUUGAACAGAAUGGGAAGACCAAGACACAACCAAAACCUAGGAAAGCCAAGUCUAGUAGAGCCGUGAAGGACACACCUCCCAUGGCAUCAGCCCAACUGAUGUUCCCCAUAGGCCAAGCAGAUGACAAUAAUAAUACAGCUGACCUAACGACUAUAGAACUUCAACCGUCACUCUCAAUGCCCGGCACCCCAACACCUAGUGGAAAAAAGAAAGGAAAGAGGAAAAAUGAAAAUGUCCACCUUGACAUUUCAUUAGAAUCUAAGAAGACGAAAAAGGAGGCAGAUGAAGAGAAGGCAGGUAAAAAGAAAAAGGCCAAGGAAAAUAAUAAAUCUAAGUCAAAGGUGAAGAAAGCAGAGACAACGAAGGAAAAUGGAGUGGAAAAAAGUAAAAAGGAAAUUAAGUCGAAACUGGAGACAAUAAGUACAGAGAGUAAGGUUAAGAAAAAAACUGAGAAGAAGAAGAAGAAACCUGAGAAGAUAUGCAAGGACAAUGAGAUGGAAAAAGAACUGAAAAUCAAGAAACCAGAGGAGGUAAGUAAGGAGAACGAGAAUGAAGUAGAAAAGAAGAGGAAGAAAAAGAAGAAGAAAAAAACAGACGAGACGAAUGAGACAGAGAAAGAACUAGAAAAACAUAAGAAAAAAGAGAAGACCAAAGUAAACAGCUUUGACCAGGAUUUACCACCUCCAUCCACCACAGUAGUACCUCAUCUGCAAACAGAGAAGAAAAAGAAGAAGCUGAAGCUUUCAGAGAAGACUGCAGUGAGUGAGAUACUGGUCAGUCCCGUCCAAGACCUGCCUGUACAAGACCCUCCAGCCCCCACAGAGACCCUUUCUAAAAAGAAGAAGAAAUAAUCGCGGAGUUCUUCAAGCCUUCAGAUAUUAAGAUGAUCACCCUACACAGUGUGUGUGAACCUGGACCAAGGCACUGCCUUGAUUGUACAACUGUCUCCCUAAAACAGAUAAUGUUAUUAUUAAAACAUUUUUAUUAUUGUAGAGUGUAACAAAUGAACAUUUUUAAUGUUGAAACUCUUCAGUUACUUUCUUUAUCACAUUUUAUGACUAACUGCAUGUGCUGUACUGUAGGCUCUUUGAAGGAGGCAUAGUACAUGGAUCUGCUGCAACUGUUUUUAUGUUACUGUACAAUUUAAUGAUGACUUUUAUAUUCCUGUGAUAGCGAGAGAGGAAUAAAUUAUUUUGGAAAUGUAUAGUUAAUGGCAGCAUAUGCUGCUGUAUAUCAUGUGGUGAAUAUGUAUUGCUGAUCCUAAAUGGAGGGAAAGAUCAAGUUUGUUUAACCCAAACAUCCUAGUAAUGAAUGCAUAAUCUGAAUGUAUAUGAGCCAUUUUAGGUUUAGAAGGUAUGCCUUCUGUAUCUUUUUUAUGUCAUUAAAAGUGAUAUUUUUCCACA